UUCUGACAGCACUUGAAGGCAGCAGCGCCUGGAGGCACCGUUAGCUCUUCCUGUAGUGUUAUGAGUUGAGCACAACUGAAGUGCUGGGAAUGCAGCCACCGCUCCCACCUGAAGCGGUCAGAGAGCUGGUGUGCUCCUGUCUGCACAGAGACCCAGUAGCAGCAGACCUCCGCUGCAGCCUGUUUGUUGCUGCUGCACAGAACUACAAGAGGGACUCUUUGCUUCGACCUUUCCCUCCCAGAUACAUAAGUGGUGACACUAAAGACUUUGAGGAGCUGCUGGCAGAUGUGAACUCUUUUCCUGGUGUGAGAGAGUUGGUGAGACUGCGACCUGGAGAGGGAGAUCAUCAUCUGGCUCUCGCACACUGGAUUCUCUCUUCAAAGAGCUUUGCUGUGAAGACCCUACAGAAAGACGAGUAUGCCAAACUUUGUAACUUGAUGGAAAAUGAAGGAGUUUCUGCGCCUGUGCCAGACUUCCUGUUUGAGCUGGAGUACUGUGACCAGAUGAAUGCGAGGUUUGAGAGAACGAGAGCAGGCAGAGACGUCUUCUAUGCAUUCCACGGGAGCCGCCUGGAGAACUUUCACUCAAUCAUUCACAACGGGCUGCACUGUCACCUCAACAAGAACUCAGUGUUUGGAGAGGGGACCUACCUCACCAGUGACCUCAGCAUGGCUGUUCUUUACAGUCCCCACAGCAGCGGUUGGCGAGAAAGUCUCCUGGGUCCACUGCUCAGCUGUGUUGCCUUAUGUGAAGUCAUUGAUCACCCAGAUGUAAAGUGCCAGGUGAAGAAAAAAGACUCUGAAAUCAUUGACCGGCAGCGCUCGAGGGCAAAAAACAGUGAAGGAGGCGACGUACCGCAGAAGUACUUUGUGGUCACCAACAAUCAGCUUUUGCGAGUCAAGUACCUGCUUGUUUACUCUCAGAGGAGGCACCUGUCCAGACAUUCCCGCAGCACCUCCUGGCUCCUCAGACACCAUUUUGCUCUCAUGAUGAGUCUCUACCUUCUGCUACUCAUAUUUAUCGGUGCCUUCAACUCCACCACCUUCAUAUCCUUUUGGAACAGGCUAUUCAGGUGACAAGACAACGGGACAGACGGCCUGGAUGUUUAUCCACUGUGCCUUCCUGAUCAGAGACUGACUGGAGGCCUGAGCAGCGAUUUUAUGCACCUUUUUAUACUGUUUUCUCUCGACUAUCUUUCCUUUCUUAAUUUGUACAAAUAGUUAUAAUUACUGUUAUAUCAAGAUAACAUACAGUACCUUUUCAAAUAGCAGCUAUGUGUUAAUUUCAUUGAAAUGUGCAAUGAGACAUUUUUCAUUUUAAAGAUGUAAUGCAAUCUUUCAACUGUAAUUGUUAUGGUUUAGUAAACAUCGUCAUCAUUUUGUAGAUAAACUCUGUUGCUGUGUGGUUUUAGUCGUCUGAGGACAGUUUUAUUACCCAAAGGGGGAAAAGAAAGAACUUUACAUUAAAAAUAAUCUUGUUUAAAUAAGUAUGAGUGGUUGGGACAACAUUGAGACGUCUUUUUUUUUGUUUGUUUGUAAUGUCUUUCUAGCACAUUAACUGAUCAUGCUGGGUGAUUAGUGUAACUGGUACCUGAUGGACAGUCUGUUGAUCAGGCAAUAAUGACAAUGUUCCUCUUUAAAUGCUUGCUUUUUAAUGGUAUACUUUUGUAUUUCUCAGUUUUUGGGAAAUUAACGAGUAAGGACUUUUUAUAACUCGUGAUUUAAGUGUAACUUUAUGGUAUUUAACAUAAAAGUUAGGUUUGAUGAAGGAGAAAUACAUGAGUUGGCCAUUCUGGUGAUUCUAAUAUAGAGUAAAUGUGUUGUAGGAAGGACAACCUAAUUUAUGAUAAUUUAGGAUAUGCUUUUAUACUAUUAUAGCAGUCGAGAAGGUGAGCUGAAGAACGUCACAAAAGCAACGAGUUCUUAAAAUUUGUUAUCAUUUUUUGACACUAAUAAAAAUGAUUCUUUGUUGAUUUUAAA